AUGUCAUUUAGAGGAGGCGGAAACAGAGGUGGAGGAAAUAGAGUCCUACUACCGUUUGGACUCGAUUACGCAGAUAUUUUGCAAAGCUCGGAAACGACAGAAAAACCACAGUACAUCCUUCCUGUCAAUAGCGAACCAUCUGAAAAUGAAAAACUAGCGGCAAAACAAGCUAUCAAUUUUGCCAAAUUGAUGUCUGAGGGUCCUUUUUAUACCGGGGAUUUGGACCUGGCGAGAAUAGCUACAACUGCAACAAACAAGAAUGCAAUGGCGCAUUCGGCAAAGGAAAAGAUCCAAGAUGAAGAAGCCAAGAAUCAGUUGCAUAAUGUAAGUGAAGACGGUAUACAACGAUAUUCAGAUAAAUAUAAGAAAAGAAAGAAAACUGCCCGAACUAUUGAAGAACAUCCUUACCAGUUGCAAUUCUUCCCCGAAGAGCUAUACCUGGUUAUGGGAGUCUCUAGUAAGCAAAAAAAGUUAUUGUCGCUAUCGAAAUUCAAAUCUGGCGGUGGCUUACGAGAAUUCUUGUCUUCGGAAAAGCAUGAGAGUAUGAAAGAAGAGGAAAAGUUAAAAGCAUUGAAAGAACAAAUGUUGAACCAAGUUGGAGCAGACGAUGACGAGGGUGAUAGAAAGGAAGACAAGGAUGAGCAUAGCGAGCCAGAAAGUGUUGAUGACGAAUUUGAUGAUGAAGAUGAUGAUGACUACAAUGCCGAAAAAUAUUUCGACGACGGAGAUGACGAUAUGGGUGAUGAUGGAGGUGACGAUGAUGAAGCAGCGUUUUAA